GCGAAGGUUGGCUCGGCUGUCAGCAUUACCCAGGAAGGUCGGUAUCAGGGUUAUAUUGGUUCAUGGUCUAUAAUGCAACAUUUCCGGAAAUCCUUCUGUCAACCAUGUGUCACAAUCCUAUUUUUGAGUCAUGUCAACGUUGUGACGAUUCUCAGUGUACACUGGUUAAUGCAAUACACGUUCCUUGUAACGUUAACCAUCAUGUAUACUAAUGCAUUACUACCCCCCAGGUUGUUGUGGUAUAUCUGCAUGCACUCCAAUACCCCCCAUCCUGAUACGACCGUAGGGCCAGAUGAUCCCACUUGGUGGCCCCUCAUCAGUUAUUCUCUUCUUUACAGCUAUUUUGUAGGUUCGUAUAGAGCAAUUUCCAGGAUGCCAAUGGUGAUAUCUCAACAUUUUUGACUAUCGCUUCGCAGCUGCAAGCUCUACUGUGAUGGUAUACGACUGGGCAUUAACAUUCGAGCAAGAGUUCGAACUCAUCUUGAGGAAACGUUGGUCCUUCAUGACCGUUCUUUAUAUUUGUGUGCGCUACAUUGGAAUACUAUUUGCUGUUAUCCUAUUCAUCAUGAUUGCUCGGAUAAAUGCCAUGUAUCGGGGAUCGAAAAAGUUGCUUCUUUCUUGUUGUAGCCUUGCUAGCUUGCACGAUCACCUCCGGAGUUUGAUGGUAAUUGGAACCCGGGGUAUCUCAACACAGGAGACCACCCUUUCCGCCGGCUACCAUAUCUGCAUCAUCGAAUUUGACACAUCCAUGAUAAAUUUGGAUUACGAGAGUCUGGUAUCCACUGCUGCGUGGGAGAUCCUCAACUUGUUUCUCGCAGUCUGGAUUGUCAUACAGCACCCUGGAACUGCGACAAUCGCCGAUAGAAUUGACCAUCGGGGAUUAUUUCAGGAUAUAAUAGAGAGUCACACAUUUUACUUUCUAGCCUUUGCUGCUGUGGCUUGCUUCGAGCUUGGCGCACUGUCUCCAAAUAUUACGAAUUCUUUGUCCGUUGGGAGUGCUAUUUACUCUGGGAUUUGGUCAAUCGCCGAUGCAUUGCAGAUGUUUGUGCUGGGAUCGCGUCUGAUCCUCAGCGUUCGGGGAUAUCACGCUAAGGUCGUAGCCAGGGCCAACGGAGGAACAGAGUGAAAUGAACCAAACGAUCAAUCAGGGUUCUGUGCGGGGAGCAUGCAUAUUGUUUGUUUCGUUGUGAUAUUUAGCGUCAUCUCGCUAUGUCUUCGGUGUUCUGACAGUCUAUACUGUCAUAAUGAUACAUCUAAUCUAUUGUAAUGACCAAGAAAAAUAGGAUAUAUUAAUG